GUGUGCACGGAGAAGUGGCCGGGGAAGAGCACGGACGGCACGGUGUACAGCAUCUCCAUGCUGAUCCUGCAGUACUUCCUGCCGCUCUCCAUCAUCUCCUUCGCCUACGCACGAAUCUGGUCGAAGCUCCGCGCCCACGUUAGCCCCGCGGAGACCGUCGUUAGCACCAGCAGCGCUACGUCUGAGCGCCAUCGCAGACGGCGGAAAACCACCAAAAUGCUGGUGACCAUGGUGGUGGUUUUCGCCGUCAGCUGGUUGCCUUUCCACGCCUUCCAGCUGGCGACGGACAUCGACAGCGCCGUGUUGGAUAUGCGAUGUUUCCGCCUGCUCUACACCGUUUUCCACGUGGUCGCCAUGUGCUCCACCUUCGCCAACCCGCUGCUUUACGGAUGGAUGAACCGAAACUACCGCGCCGCCUUCCUCGCCGUCUUCAAGUGUUGCCGAGGCGGCGAGAUGAAGAGAGGCGGGAGGUUGGAUAGCAUCCAUCCCGUAGGAGGAGGAGGAGGAGGAGGAGGAGGAGGAAGGGUGAAGAAGAUCGUGGUUGAAACGCAAGACACGGUGUCCACCCACCUCAACGCCACCGAUGUUUGAGAAGGAGGCGAAGGAAGGAGGGAGGAAAGGGAACGAGAUUAUAGAAGUAGAAAAUCAGCCUCAACUUAUGUACAAAAAGAAGGGAUAAGAAUAAAAUGCAACAGAAGAAAGAAAUCAGGAAUGUUUUGAUCCAGUAGAAGGGCGAAGAAGAAGAAGGUUCUUGAAACACAAGAAGUGGUGCCCAACCACCUCAACGUAUGCACAAAAAGAAGGUGGAGAACGAGGGAUGACAAGAAAAAGCAACACGUUUACGGAGGAAGGAGAAAGGAAAUGACUAAAAAAACAACCCGGCAGAAAACAAGAAGAAAUACAAGAGACCUGCCUCAACUUAUGCACAAAAAGAAGGGAUAAGAAUCAAACGCAACGAGGUCAAAGUGGAAGGAAGUCAGGUGGAGGUGGAAGGGCGAGGAAGAUGGCGCUUUAAAACACAAAACACGGGGUCCACCCAUCUCAACACCGAGACAAGGCAACAGGUUUACGGAGGAAGGAGAAAGGAAAGUGUCCAAUGCAACGACAUCACAGAAGGGUCGUUCGUUCUUUGACCUGCCGAACAAUAAGUCCAACCCAUCGGACGAAACACAAUCUGCAGUGUCCACCCAACCUAACUUGUGUACAGAAAGAAGUUAAAGAAGUUGGGAGGGAUGGCAAUACAAAGGAACAAGAUGACAGAGGAAGGAAAGUGUUUGUCAUGCAGAAGGAAAUCCAUCAAAUCCUGUGAAAGGAAAUGAAAGGGCGGAGAAGAUGCUUGAAUUACCAGAAGCAAUGUCCACCCACCUCAAUGCCACUGAUGGACAGACGGAAGGUGGAGAAGGAGGGGGGGAUGACAAAAAAAUGCGACAAGAUUACACAGGAAGGAAGUAUCUUGUCCCGCAGAAGAGGCAACAAAGAGAGACAAAGAAAUAGAAACAAGAGGAGGCCGACGGCGGGACUUAAGAGUUUCUGAAAAGCCCCGAAAUAGAAGAGGAGGAGGCAGGGAUUAGGAGAAGAAGAAUGACUCCACGUCUGCUCGACAAAUCGAAGCUUUGAAGACGUGACCUCCUUGUGACGGAGGGACUUUUCUCUGGGGGAUUUGUUCGAGUGACACAGCUUUGCAUGAAGGAUUUGUGGAAAAGUUUGCCCUGAAAAACAGACAGGAAGUCGGAUGGUGGAUUGUUUUAUAGCAACUGAAGGAACAGACUUUGGUCAACUUCGUCAAAAUAGGGCUUUUACUCCAUGUUCAUUCCACGUGUGAAGCAUUUCGCUCGUACUCUUAACCCCAGAUUGGUUUAAAGGCAGUGGGUUGAGGAUUAACAUUGACAAACAUUUGGGCAGAAUCAGCUGCGAGGGACUUUUCACGCUGAGCGAAAUCGGAGGCCGCUGAAGACCGUGCAAAAAUAUCUUGUCAGGUGAAAGAAAAAACCCAAAAAGCCUGGAUUUAAGAGUCCAAGGAAAGGAUGCAUGAUGCAAGCUGUGUGAAAUCUCAGACACUGUUAUGUAAUGUGUGUUUGAAAUGUGCUCCAUCCUACAAUAAUAGCCAGGAAGAAGUGGACAUAGAUAUAGGAAAGAGAAGGGCGAGAGCGGGGGGGAAUACAAAUGAUUUCAAAGCCUUUUUUUAUCAGUAGCUUCAGGGCAGAUGGGCAGAAAGUGAGGAGAGGAUCAAUGUGAGGAGGGAGAUGUGAGAUAAUGAGGGAGAAGGAAAUAAACAUCUUCAAAUGAAAAUCCAGCUGAGAUCACACAGAUUUCAAAACGUCUCUUCAGUUCGAAACUGCACGAUGUUAAACGUGUUAGAUGAAUCUGAUUUAGCUGAGAGGCAAUUCGUCAAAUCUGGCUGACUGCUCAGAUUUUGCGUCACGCUUCGAUUUCAUUUUCAUUACAGAGUUUAAUCAGCACAACGUAAUAAUAUAGGAGGAAAGAGAUGGUUCGAAUAUGAUUGUUCACUCUGCAGAAUUUCUUUUAUUUCAUUUUGUAAGUGUUUCUUGUACUUCAAAGUGACUUUUAUUUAGUAAGUGAAAAAUAGUGGGCUAUUUUGCCCUGAACUGAGCCUUUCAGGCAUUUUGUCUUAUAGAAAAAAGGCCUGCAGAUGCAAAAAAAUGUAUUGGCAUAUAUGUUAAGUGUUGUGUAAUUCUAAAGACUCCACUCCUUAUGUAUAAACAAUCUCUGCAAAUUAAAGGUGAUAUUUAAGUUUAAAUGUUCAGGUUUGUCGGAAACCAAAAGCACCUUACUUACAGAUCGCCAGCCAUCAAUGAAACCGAAGUUUAUUUAUACCAGCGAGAACCAGGCAACGCAACAGUUGUUCUUAGUAAUGGCCAUUAAGGCUCGUUAGUUAACUUAGUAAGUGAUUUAAGUAAAACCUUUACAAACGGUGCCUUACAGGCCUUUUCCACUACAGGAACUCAAAGUGUGUGUAUAGAUUGUGAUAGGUGCAGCUCAGGAGAAGGAGAUGAAGCCAAGUUUAGCGAUUUCUGGGAAGAAUAAAGCAGUAUUGUCAGUGGCCAAAUGUUUCAAACUAUGUUACCCUACGUACCAAUCUUUAGCUUCAGCAGAAAUACAGGAAAAUACUUUAGGAAUCUGGGUUAGAAUAAGUGUUUAUUAAGUUCAUAAUACCAUUUUGCUAGGCUGUGUUUCCCUUCUUUAGAAAUGCAGAAACUGAGAUCACUAUCGGUUUUCAUAUUUGUAUUUUUUUUUCUAUCAAUGCUGGGACUGUAGUAUUUUGUGAUUCAGUCUACAUUUUUUUGGCAAACUGUUGAAUCUUUUGCAAUUAGAUUAUCUUUUAGAUCCCAUUGGUUCUCCUUCUGAUGACGGUCCUCCUUAUUCCUCCCACUGAACACUUGUUGUAUCCCGGACGAGCCCCCAAAAUUGUUAAAAAGUCCAUCCAUCUUCUCCCGCUUAUCCGUGGUCGGGUCGCGGGGGUAGCAGUUCCAUCAGAGAGCCCCAAACGUUC